GGAUAUUCAUUUAUUAUCAUUUGUUUAAUUUUAAGUUCAAGUCUGCGUUUAAUAAAAUCAGUUCACAUUGAAAUGUAUUUAAGGCAAAGUUUAGGUUUUUGUUUAUUAGCAAUAUGUCUAAUACAAAUCACUGCUGCUCUCAAAGACAAAUUACCCAAUAUUGUGCUUAUACUCAGCGAUGAUCAAGAUGUUGUCUUAAAUGGUCUUACGCCCAUGAUGAAUGUUAAAAAUUUUAUUGGUUUAAAGGGAGCUACAUUUGAAAAUGCUUUUACCACUUCUCCUUUAUGUUGUCCCUCACGUGCUAGUUUGCUUUCGGGUCAAUAUGUUCACAAUCAUCGUACUUUUAACAAUUCCCUGGAGGGUGGCUGCAACGGUGUACAUUGGCUUUCUCAAAUAGAAAUGGAAACUCUUGCUCCCACUUUAAAAGCUGCAGGUUAUACAAAUUUCUUUGCUGGCAAAUAUCUUAAUCAAUACAAAGGAGCCGAAGUGCCCUCGGGUUGGCAAGAAUUCUAUGGUCUUCAUGGCAAUUCACGCUACUACAACUAUACCUUAAGGGAAAAUUCGAAAAAUAUUAGCUAUAGUAAUGUUUAUUUAACCGAUUUGUUGCGUUCUAAAGUUAAGCGUUUCAUUAACUCUCAAGAAGAUUUGUCACCAUUUUUUGCCAUGGUGGCCCCACCAGCUCCUCAUGCACCCUAUACACCCGCUGAACGUCAUCGUAAUGCUUUUUCGGGCCAAAAGGCUUUACGUACUCCCAAUUUCAAUGUUAUUGACAAAGAUAAACAUUGGUUGGUUUCUAAUACGGAGCUAAUACCCAAUAAUACUUUAGAUUUAAUCGAUAGCUAUUACCAGAAACGUUGGGAAUCUUUAUUGGCUGUAGAUGAGCUAGUAGCAGAUAUAGUUUAUACUUUGGAACAAAAAGGUGUAUUGGAAAAUACUUAUAUUAUAUAUACCUCUGAUAAUGGUUAUCAUAUGGGUCAAUUUGCCCAGCCAUUCGAUAAACGUCAACCUUAUGAAACCGACAUUAGAAUACCAUUACUUAUAAGAGGCCCUACAAUACCAGCAAAGGUAAAAAUAACUGCUCCUACUGCUCUCAUCGAUAUAUUUCCCACUAUUUUAGAAUGGCUAGAAUUGCCUUCCAAUCCCCAAAUCGAUGGUCAGUCUAUUAAUGCCUUUUUAGCCAACGCCCCGGAAUAUGAUGCUGUUUCAGAUCGUUUUUAUAGACGCAGUCUUUUGGUGCAACAUUUUGGUGAAGGUAAUUUAAAUACCUACAAACCAGAAUGUCCCUGGUCGAGAACAGAUCUUUUGGCGGAGUGUACUGUGGAGGCAGCUUGUCAUUGUCAAGAUUCCUGGAAUAAUACCUACUCCUGUGUACGCCAUUUUGGCUAUCAAACCAAUCGUUUAUAUUGUGAAUUCCAAGACAAUGAGGAUUUUGUAGAGGCUUAUGAAAUUGACCAGGAUCCCUAUCAAAUGCUUAAUAUGGUUAAAGAUAUGCUACCCAUCGAAAGGGCUCUUUACAGUCUGGCCUUGGUUAAUUUGACAAAAUGUAUCGGCUCUUCCUCCUGCAGUGAUGUAAUUUUGUAAAUAUCUUGUCAAAUUAAUAUUACUUUCACAUAUUUUUUGUUUAAUUUUAUUGAUGAUGUGAGAAACACACAAAAAAGAGAAAUAGCUGGUAGAAAUAUUAUUAAUUAAUUAGAUUGUAAUCAUUUACAGAAGCGACAAAUCUAUAUUAUGUCCAUGUUUUGACUUGUCCAGUUUUUAAUUUGAUUUUCUUUUAAGUAUCAACAAAAUUAUUGCAAAAUAUUGUUAUUCAUCAUUAAAAAAAAUAAUAAUAAUAAUAAAUAUGUAUUUUAACACAAAAUCCAUUUAAAAUGUUAAGGAAAAUUAAAAGAAAAUAAGAAAUAUUU